AUGGCAAUUGUGUUUGGACAUGAGAAUGAUAGAUCGGUGCAGGACACGUUCAUGAAGAAGUGCAAGAAGAAGGUGCAAUUCAUUGAGGAGCAAGAUCUAUGGGUGAAUGGUUGCUUCAUGUCGGAAGAAGACAUGAGACUCGAUAAGUUUUCGGAGAAAAAGAAACGGCAAAUCCUAGAAGAGGAUGAGUCCAUGGGCGAAGAGGACUUCAGGAAAGAGGCUGAAGGCCAUGACACCAUGCCUUCAAACAUGGAUCUUCCUGAAGACACAACAGACCCUACGAUUCUAAUUGAAGCUGAUGGAACUGACAACCAGCACAAGACCUUGAAGCUCUUGAACUUUCCGGUCAUGGACGACGCUGAUGCUUUGGCAAGCUCUUACAUCCCCCGCGUGUUGACGUGUCUUUCCAAGUGGGGCGUCAAGAUCCAAUCCAUGAUGGAGGUGUUGGAGUCCGUUGAGGAUCUAUCUGAUAACCUGAGGCAGUAA